AUGACUGGCAGACUACAAGAAAGCGACCUACCCUACGCUCAAAAGCAUCUUAUUGUGCUACCAAAGCAGGACCCUUACUCUGAAGCUGUCAUCAGAAAGUGCCAUUUGGAUGUGUUACACGGCGGUAUGCGAGAUACCCUAGUACAAGUGCGAGAGAAGUACUGGAUAGUACGUGCUAGGCAAGCUGUCAAGAAGAUUAUAAGAAGUUGCGUUGUAUGUCAACGCCACAAUGCGCAGGCUUCAAGACAAACCCCAGCGCCGCUGCCAGCGUCAAGGGUAUCGCAGUCGGAGCCGUUUACAGUUACUGGACUUGACUUCUCAGGACAACUGAUUGUGAAGACGAGCCGAUCAACGAGGGCGGUACACCUGGAAGUAGUGCAGGAUAUGGCCACGCCAACAUUUUUGCUGGCUUUCCGAAGGUUUGUUGCACGACGUGGAAUACCGAGCAAGGUGUACAGCGACAAUGCGAAGACUUUUCGAAAGAGCAACAAAGCGUUGAAGAAAUUGUGCAAAAUUGUAACUGGAGAGGGUGUCAAGGAGAAGAUCACUGACUGGGCAAUUGAUUGGCGAUACAAUGUUCCGUACGCUCCCUGGUGGUGCGGAUUUUAUGAGCGACUCAUCAGAUCCGUCAAGGUGGCAUUGAAAAAGACCAUCGGCGCAAGGUGCAUGAACGAGACAGAGCUCACCACUAACGUUACCGAGGUAGGAGCUGUUAUAAACUCGCGGCCCCUCACUUUUGUUUAUGGCGAUCAAGAGAUCCGCCCAUUGUAUCCUGCAGCGUUCCUUACGGGAAAAAGACUAACGAUGCUGCACAUGCGACACACAGGCGACAUGCCGGAAAGCUCAGUCGACACCAUACAACGUUGCCGGAGGCAACGAGCGGAAAGCUUACGUACUUUCUGGGAGAAAUGGUAA